UCGUGUAAUCCCUGCCUGCUUCAAACCAACUUUUCGCCUGGUUACAAUUUUCCCCUCUCUCACACACAUACAUUUUUUUUUUCGGAAGGUAACACACACGUUUCGCCGACACACACAAGGUACACAUAGUAAUAGUGUAAAACAAAACACAAAUAGAGUAAGAGACACACUUUCUCUCUCUUCAUUACAAUGGCAUGUCUCGUUUUAGACGAUCGCAUUUACUCCUCUUCGCCUUCAGUUCACUGCCUCUCUUGCAUGGUUGCUAGGUCAACACCAGAACUCUGACUGUAACCAUUGUGAAAAAUGGCAAAGCACGGAACAAGCUCUCUGUCUCUUACUGAGUUUGUUCUAGUCGCGACGACGAUGGUUUUUGCUAUUACAUUUGUUGAUUCGACUACUGAUCCACCUGACGUUCAAGCUCUUGAGGUUAUGUACACUUCAUUGAAUAAUCCUUCGCAGCUAAGUGGUUGGAAAGCGACUGGGGGCGAUCCGUGUGGAGAGUCAUGGAAAGGGGUCAGCUGCCAGGGUUCUGCUGUUGUUUCCAUUCAAAUUCCAGGGUUAGGACUCAGCGGGACAAUGGGAUACUUGCUUUCAAAUUUUAUGUCGUUGAGGACAUUAGAUAUGAGUGACAACAGCAUUCAUGAUUCAAUCCCAUAUCAGUUACCACCGAAUCUCACGAGCCUAAAUCUUGCAAACAACAACUUAAGUGGGAACCUUCCUUAUUCCAUUUCUAACAUGACUACUCUUAAUUAUAUGAACAUUAGCCAAAACACACUCUCUCAGUUGAUUGGAGAUAUAUUUGCUAAUCUUUCUGGCCUCACUAUGCUGGAUCUCUCUUUUAACAACUUUACUGGAGAUCUUCCCAGUUCCUUUGGUUCAUUGUCCAAUCUUUCUACCCUUCACCUGCAGAACAAUCAGUUGACGGGUUCUCUUAACUUUCUUGCUGAUUUGCCUUUGACUGAUCUAAAUGUUGCAAACAACCAUUUUAAUGGAUGGAUUCCACAAGUGCUUAGUUCUAUCCCUAAUUUUAGAUAUGAUGGAAAUUCAUUUGAUAAUGGACCUGCUCCUCCUCCACCUCCAUAUACCUCACCUCCUCCCAGUAGGUCGCAUAACAACCACAGCCAUUCUCUUCCAGGGGCACGUACAUCCCGGGGAUCUGAUGGAGAAUCAUCUAAUCCAGAUGAUGGAAAUAAAAAGAAGGAAUUGAGAGCUGGAGCUAUUAUAGGCAUAAUUCUAGCUUCUUCUUUGGUGGUCUUCUCUUUAUUGCUUGCUCUUCUUUUUUGCUUUCGAAGGGGCAAAAGGAGAGAAAAAACUGUAAGAACUUCUACAGGAGUUCUCAUCCGUGGCACAGACAAAGUGAAUACAGAGAUGCAAGAGCAGAGGCUAACACCCAUGGCUACUGUAGCAGAUCUAAAGCCCCCACCUGCAGAAAAGGUGAUGGUUGAGAAGAUGCAAGGGAAAAAUGGAUCUGUAAAGAGGGUGAAGUCCCCUAUAACUGCUACUUCUUAUACAGUUGCUUCUCUUCAGAUAGCAACAAACAGCUUUAGCCAAGAAAAUAUCAUUGGUGAAGGCUCACUUGGUCGUGUUUAUAGAGCAGAGUUUCCCAAUGGAAAGAUAUUGGCCAUUAAAAAGAUCGACAAUGCAGCAUUAUCACUACAGGAGGAAGAUAAUUUUCUUGAAGCUGUUUCCAAUAUGUCACGCCUGAGGCAGUCAAACAUCAUUACAUUGGUGGGAUAUUGUUCAGAGCAUGGGCAACGUCUUCUUGUUUAUGAAUAUAUAGGAAAAGGGAGCUUGCAUGAUAUGCUGCACUUUGCCGAUGAUAGGAGUAAGACACUGACAUGGAAUGCACGUGUUAGAGUGGCACUUGGUACCGCUCGAGCUCUAGAGUAUUUGCAUGAAGUGUGUCUGCCUUCUGUUGUACAUAAAAACUUCAAGUCGGCAAAUAUUUUACUUGAUGAAGAGCUCAAUCCCCACUUAUCAGACUGUGGCCUAGCUGCUUUAACACCAAACACAGAGCGACAGCUUUCAUCAGCCCAGAUGGUUGGUUCAUUUGGUUACAGUGCUCCUGAGUUUGUCUUGUCUGGGAUAUACACUGCAAAAAGUGAUGUUUAUAGCUUUGGAGUGGUGAUGUUGGAGCUGUUGACGGGUCGGAAACCGCUGGAUAGUUCAAGGGUGAGAUCAGAACAGUCACUUGUAAGAUGGGCUACUCCUCAACUUCAUGAUAUAGAUGCCUUAGCAAAAAUGGUUGAUCCAGUACUAAAUGGCAUGUAUCCUGCCAAGUCUUUGUCACGCUUUGCUGACAUUGUUGCCCUCUGCGUUCAGCCUGAACCGGAGUUUCGGCCUCCCAUGUCUGAAGUUGUGCAAGCACUGGUUCGGUUAAUGCAGAGAGCAAGUGUGAUUAAAAGGCAGUCCCAUGAUGAAUCAGGUUUUGUGUACAAGACUCAGGACCAUGAAGCCAUUGAAACAUCAUAUUAAAUUUGCAGUCUUACAUAUGCGGUUGGCAAUCUUUGCAAUUUUGUAUGCUACUAUGCAAAGGUCAAGCAUCGAUUCAAACGGCUCAUUCAGAAAAAAGCUGCGUAAAGGAUGAUGAGCAACCUUACGGCUCAUUCAGAAAAAAGCUGCGUUAAAGGAUGAUGAGCAACCUUACGUAACUUCAUGCACACCUGACGAACUUUAUAGAUUCAGUAUAUAUAGAAAAACCGAUUUUCCUUUUCAUUAUUUCCUGUUCUUAUCAGAUCCAUUUUGGAUAUUUAGCAUGCCCAUAUGAGGAUUUAGGAGCUUUACAUUUGCCAAGUUGAUCCGAUUAUUAUUAUUAUUUACAAGGCAAGAAGGGUUAGAAGUUAGAUUAAUAGAUGUAGAAAGUCGAAGCCUGACACUCCAAAGUCCAACGGAGGGCUAUCAAGGCAUCUGUAGUUGAUCCGAUUACUUGGAACAACAAUAAAUUAGUUUAUGAUCUGCCAAAAAUAUAUAAAUUGCAUUAAAAUUUAUGAUAGCAAAGUGCAUUCUUUAUUGUUUUGAA